AGUCUAGGUGGUAGACGCAUCGUGUCGGCGCAAUACGGCCGCUAAAGCCGUGCAGAACUGGCCCUGCGGGAUGGCAGCCUCUGAGGAGGAGCCUGAGGCCUUGACGGAGCAGCUGGACGUUGCGCGCCGCCUGGAAAAUUUGCCUGUGAGCGCGUGGCCCCCAGGGACAGAGCCAGAGCCCUUUCAGUAUACUCCUGAUCAUGUAGCCGGGCCUGGAGGAGACACUGAUCCCACUCUAAUAACCUUUCCCGGAUGCGUUUGUCUCAAAACUCCCUGCCUCCCUGGAACUUGCUCCUGUCUCCGUCGUGAGAAGAACUAUGAUGAUAAUUUAUGCCUCAGACACAUAGGAUCAGAAGCAAAGUGCACUGAGCCAGUUUUCGAAUGCAAUGUCCUGUGUCAGUGCAGCGACCACUGCAGGAACAGAGUGGUCCAGCGGGGUCUGCAGUUCCGCCUCCAGGUGUUCAAGACACAUCGCAAAGGCUGGGGACUUCGUACCUUGGACUUUAUACCAAAAGGACGGUUUGUCUGUGAAUAUGCUGGCGAGGUUUUAGGAUUCUCGGAAGUACAGAGAAGAAUUCAGUUACAAACAAUACACGAUUCGAAUUACAUUAUAGCCGUCAGGGAGCAUGUUUAUAAUGGGCAGGUGAUGGAAACAUUUGUUGAUCCUACCUCUAUAGGAAAUAUUGGAAGAUUCCUUAACCAUUCUUGUGAGCCAAACCUAUUGAUGAUUCCUGUCCGAAUCAACUCGAUGGUACCAAAGUUGGCACUUUUUGCAGCCAAAGACAUUCUGCCAGAAGAAGAACUCUCUUAUGACUAUUCAGGAAGAUUUCUUAAUCUACUGGACAGUGAAGACAAAGAAAGGUUAGAUAAUGGGAAAUUAAGGAAACCUUGUUAUUGUGGUGCUGAAUCAUGUGCUGCGUUCCUGCCUUAUGACAGCUCACUGUACUGCCCCUUAGAAAAGCCAAACACGAGUGCGGAAGGAAAAGUAUAGCAGAAGCGUGUCUGGCCUCGCAGUGGAGGAGAACGAGGAGGAAUCGAGCAUGCUUGGCUCAGCCCUUCCUGGGUUCCCCUCUUACAAGCAACUCACCCUCAGGGUCAGUCUCUGCUCUGUGGUAAGGAGCUUGCCCCUCACUGUAGGGGAGCCCAGUGGUUGUAACUUAGGAAUGUGGCAGAGACUACAGAUUGUCCAGCAACACUCUCUCUCCCCUUCUAUCAUAGAAUUCUCAGUUUUUAUCUGGGUACAUGACUGCCGAGAAUACUCACUUUUCCUAGUGAGAUGUGGCUGAGGGACUAUGUCACAGCUAGUGGGAUAUGAGGGAAAACGUUGUGCCCUUCAGUGGAGACAUCCUUCCCUUAUCCCACUCUUUUUUCUUCUUGGCUGGAAUGUAUACAUGAUAACUGGAGCUGGAGCAUCCAUACCAUACCCCAAAAUAACCUUGGAAAAGGAAGCCACACAUAGCAAAUCAGCAAAAUUGAAAGGAGUCUGGGGGCUGUAUACUGUCCAGCACCCUACCAGUCCUGACCUGACACCUCUGGACUUUUCAGUGAGAAACUGUGUCUUCGUCAUUUAUGCCACUGCUAUUUUGAACUUUCUAGUUCUAGCACCAACCCUAAUCAGUGAUCCAAAGAAACCCUGAUGGCUGAAUACCUAAGCAUUGCUUUCCAGUCAAUUUUAUCAGUAAUAAGGCUGGUAUUUUCAUUUCUGUCUGACUCCUGCAUUUUAUUUCUCAUUUGUUUCUAAACAUAUCAAGGAAAAGGGCAUGAUUAAUUAUCACCUGCUAAAAACCUUAAUGAUUAUCGCCAAUAGUGAAAAACAUAACCGUGAGAAUGACUUCCAUGUGUAUAACCAAAAGUCAUAAAAGGAAACAAAUUGUAAAAUUUUUGCUAUAUACCUGCUGUACUUCAAGGCUUGUGAAGUUAUGCUUCAAAACUUCAAACAGCCUCACUUCAUGUAUUAACAACAUGAAAAUAACCCUGUCAACACCACCAAAGGCGACGGGAGUUUUAUAAUUCCAUUUAAACUUCUGGAGAGGCAAACAUUUCUAACUUCCUUCCUUAAAGCAAGAGUGUUGCAAAAACAAAGCUACUAUGGAAGUUUAUUAGACUUUUUGAAAGCUAAAAUAAUUACUUGGGCCCUAUAAUUUCUUUUUCUAGUACAUUUAGACCCUACCACCAGGAGACGCUGUGCUUUCAAAGUUAUAUCGUAGGGACCCAUGUUAUAUAUUAACACUCUACUCCUGUAUGAUAUCAUAAGUAGGAUAGUUGUACAUUUUAAGUGAAUGAAAUGUA